UGUCGUUGUGUAAUAUUUACUUUUUAAAAUAUUUGGAAACUAUAUGUUAAGAAAUUUUAACAAAAUAAAUUUUAAAAUUUCGGAGUACACAAUUUUUUUUAGGAAAAGCAAAACAUAAUCAUGGCGGCGUGUUGUGAAAGAGUUGCAGGACCAGUAACUCCAAAUACAAAACUUCAGGAAGGCUUCUGUAGUUGCAUGAUCAAAGUUGGUAUAAUUGGCGGAAGUGGCUUGGAUGAUCCUGAUAUCCUAGAAGGGCGGCAAGAAAAAACCGUUACUACACCAUUUGGCAAUCCUGCGGAUGUACUUGUUGAAGGUACAAUAAGCGGCGUCCGAUGUGUGCUGCUUGCGAGGCACGGCCGUAAGCACAACAUAAUGCCAACUAAUGUCCCUUAUCGUGCCAAUAUAUGGGCGCUCAAAGAGGCCGGUUGCACGCAUGUGCUUGUGUCCUCAGCAUGCGGCUCGCUGCGAAAAGAGUAUAUGAGAGGUGACUUGGUUAUACCCGAUGACAUAAUCGACCGUACCACCCAGCGUAUUGGAACCUUCACAGACGGCAAACCGGGCAGUCCACCUGGCGUUUGUCAUUUACCCAUGUCGCCUUGUUUCAAUGAAGCCACGCGGCAAGUGUUGAUAGCUGCAGCUAAAAAACUCAAUUACACCGCUCAUGACCAUGCCACAAUGGUGUGUAUUGAGGGUCCGCGCUACUCGUCAAAAGCCGAAAGUAAAAUGUUUGGAAUGUGGGGUGGCGAUUUAAUUAAUAUGACCAUUGUACCUGAGGUGGUACUGGCUAAAGAGGCGGCUCUUCUAUAUGCUGGAGUGGCAAUUGCUACCGACUACGAUAGUUGGCGUGAAGGCCAAGAAGCUGUAAGUGUAAAGCAAGUAGUGGAUACAUUCGCUAGCAAUGUCGAUAAGGUGAAAAACAUAAUGAAAGAAGCAGUGAAGUUGAUAGCGCAGCAGGAUUGGACCGAAGAAAUUCAGAAAGCAAAAGAUUUGGUGAAGGAUAACAAUCAGGCUUUAAAGUAAUUGUAAAAACCUUGCACUUUCAAACCGAGCGUCAAAAAAAGUGAAGUAUGGACAACUAUGAGUACCUAAAUCUCCAUUUAAAUACUGCAAACAAAAAUUUUUGGUAUAGUAAAAUAAAAUAA